AGCACCUCCAAUAAUGGAUCUGCAGCACUGGCAAGGGAGGAGCCAGUUUCCAUGGUACUGAGUACUAACAGACCCCAUAGCAAAAGUUUGGCCUGAGCUGGCUGUUUGUUAGCAACAUCCUUGAGAAAUGCGGUGUGGUUUUAUCUAGAAGUCCUUUAUAUAAAGGGCUGCACUUCACUCCAGAUUUCCAUGACUACAAACCAAACUUCACUGUCAAGUCUGUGACCACUGGUUUGAAGAUAAAUUGUUUUUCUUUUUCCCCUCGCAUUCCUUUUUCCUUGUUUUCAGAUAAAUCCUGGUUUCUCACAGUGCAUGUCUCAUUUUUAAUCUAGAUGCUGCUUGAUCUGUUAAAAUCACUCUUGAGAGGAGCAGAUACAUCAGUGAACACCCACUAAUCAAAUAUCACUCUUUUACCAGGCACCUUUCUGAAGUGUGCAGCAUGACAGAGCUCCACGAAGCUGUGGCUGUGGGGGACUAUGACCUGGUGGAUGAGAUUUUGAGGACAAGGCACUGCGACCCAAAUCACAAGGAUGCCGACUGGCACGACAGAACCCCGCUGCACUGGGCUGCUGCAAAAGGGCAAUCAGAGCUGGUCAAGCUCCUCGUGGAUCACGGUGCCCGGCAUUGCCUGCGGACUGACGUGGGCUGGACUCCAGCUCACUUCGCUGCCGAGGCAGGCAGGCUGGGGGUGCUUCGCACCCUUCAUUCCCUGCACGCCGCCAUGGACGCGGCCGACCUCUUCGGUGACACUCCCAGGAGGCUUGCGGAAAUCUAUGGUCACCAGGACUGCUCCAGGUUCUUAGAAAGAGCAGAGGUGGAGAGCAGAAACUAUCGCAGGACAGCUGCCGUGAAAGGAAUCCCAUUAGACCAGGUUGAUGAAGACUGGGAACUCAAGAAAGAAGAACUGAAGAGAAACCCACCAUGUUCUUGGAAGAACUGUACAUCCUUUGCUCAAAAGAAAAGUCCAAAAAAGAGGGGGAAGCAGUAGAGUGCCUGUUUGGUGCCAGACAACUUGCAGUGCAGAGUGAAGGUCCUGGCAGACCUUGGGUGCGUCUGCAGGGUGAAAUACGGAUGAACAGAAGCAAAUGGCCACAAGGCUGCAUCCCUAUGAUGUACUGUAAAUACUCAUGUUAAUAUCGAGCACACAGAAAGAAGCAUGUGCUUCUUUCUGUCUAUGUGUCUGUACAUGUCAGAUCUCAGAAAACUGCAGAGAAUGUUUAAAUAUACUAAUACUCUAAUUCACUGAAAUUUAUAAAUUUACAGAAAUGGUUGUCUGAAA